AUGUAGGAUAGUUACUAAGAUUUUACAUUCGAUUCUUCCUUUCUAGAUAUUUCGCAUGGCCACUUCUUCGACUGCAGGGUCACCAUCCGUCCAAGUACAUCAAGAAUUGACCAAACUUCAGCCAGUUGAAUUCAGUAGCCGCGAAAAUAGUUUCUCAGAAACCCGUCUUGAUGGCAAGUACGACGAAUGCCUUUCAUCUCAUCUCAAAACCUUAGCGCCGAAAGACAAAAAGCUUCGAGAACUAAUUCCCCGUCUCGAGGCAGAAGAGAGGAUUCAAUAUGCUGCAAAAAGGAUUGAGGUUGCGAGGAGAACAUUCCUCAAAGAAGAAGCUGACAAAAUAAAGAUUUCCCUGGAAGGCAGAAAAGAUGAAGGCUCUGCUGAAGAGGAGGAAAGCAAACUUCAGGUUUUCGUUCCUAUCGAAAUGCUUGAAAUUCAGGAGGAAAUUUCUCUAGUGACGCACCUUGAAGUUCAGUCGCUUACAUGUAAACUCUGGCUUCGUAGAAUUCAGUUCAUAUGGCAGCGAGAUAAACUGAGGUACAAAGAUCUUCAAGAUUUUGAGCGUGCCAUCCUCGGCGCCCAAGAAGUUAUCAAAGAGUAUCGAAGCUUUGUUCACAAACGAAGCCACUUCGAUCGUGAAAAGCUAGAAACUGACCUAAAUUACCGAGAUCGCCUGAAAAGUUCCCUCGCCAAAGCCUUAAAGGAGAAAGAAAAGUCUAAGUUUGAAAUGUUGGAAGAUGACGUCCUGAGAUUUCUUUCAAAUAGGGAUCGUAUUAGCGCAUUGCUCGGUCUUCGUGUAGACUUCCUUGACCGCUUGGAAGAUGUGCCGCUAGAAGACCGCGACCAUCUUACACUCUGUGACUGGAUCGUGACUUUCCUUCGAAAAAACUAUGAAUCUGUUGGCUUGGUCGACAAAAGCUGUCCUAGCAAAGAAUUCCUUGCCUCUAUUGGCUUUGAUCCUCUGAGUUCAGCCGUUGAAACCAUUAUGGCGCGCGCACGAAAUCUGCAUCAACAUAUCGAUGUGUGCGAAUUGGCAGAAAUUUAUAUCAAAGACGAGUUCAAAUAUAAUCUGUUGCUGUCUCCAGUGACUUUCAGGUUCCCUUUACAAAGCAAUUUAACAAAUUCCUGGUUUCAGCUCCCAAGAAAUAUCGACCUGAAAGAAGAAGUUGCCAAUCAGGUUUGGCAAGUCAAUAUUCUAAACCUCGUGACGGAGGAAUCCCUCGCUCCUGGCACUAUCUGCUCUAAGCUCAGCGAUUUGAUGUCACUCAAAGACGGCAAAACCGUUGUUCUGUUUCAUGGCACAGAUCAUCAAAGCGCCUGCGACAUUUUAUUUCGUGGAAUAGAUUUGUGUCAAGGACGACAAAAGCGAGACUUCAGCUGUGGAUCAGGAUUUUAUUUGACUGACCACAGCGAAGAAGCUUUGAACUGGGCAAAGAACACAACUGCGAAACCAGCUUUGUUAGUUUUUAGGGUGAAUCGACAAGAGUACCUAGAUCAUGCAGAAAAAUUAAACCUGUUUGAAAAUGAACAAAGAUGGAUCGAGAUUGUGUCCUCGUUUCGAUCGGGAAAGAAAACCGCCAAGACUCGUAAAAGCUUAAGUGCGUAUGAUUUUAUUGAAGGGCCAGUGGGACGAAAGAGAAGGAACGAAGUGUCUGACGAGACAGUGUACGAUCGAAAGCCUUCCUCCUAUCAAAUGUGCUUGAAUUCUGAUGACUUCGCAGACACUUUUCGAAAGACUCUCCAUUCAAUCAUAUUUUUUAAAAUCUGUUGAGGCAAACUACACACUCUACAAAAAGAACCGCCGAUAUUAUGUGAAGAAACUGAGUUUAUAUUCCGUGGUAACGAUUUCAGCCGAAGGCCUCGUUAUGCAAUAGAGCUCCGCGUGUUGCGCGACGCGCGCACGCGAGUACCAGUGCCACGAACGAGAGUCAGCUAUUGAGAGCAAUGAAACAACUUAACGCUUCGUAAUUGACGCGAUGAUCAUCUCAGUUGAAGCUACAAGCCUCCGGGAACAUUUAUCCCCGUGUUAGUCAUCCACAGUCGUAGGAACGAAAUCGAUAGUUCUUCCUUUUCCGUCGGAUGACUGUAUUAUACACGUGGCGGAAAAACCCGAAUUUGCUCGACUUUGUCGUUUCACUUUCCCGAUCAAAAAAUAAAUUAUGAACUAUGAGUCAUGU